AUGGAAUAUUACACAUCACAGUAUUCAAAUGUUCAUUUCAUAGUCGCUAGUGAUGAUAAAUCUUAUUGUAAAAAGUUGUUCCGUGAUCGACCCAAUAUCUCCAUUACACCACAAACAUUUUUCAUGGGUGAUGAUCUAGUAACACUUUCACUCUGUGAACAUUCAAUCAUUACCGGUGGCACAUUUGGAUGGUGGUCAGGUUAUCUUGCUAAUGGUCAAGUUCUCCACGAUAAAGUAUAUCCAUCUGGAUGUGAAAAACGCGAACGCUACUAUCCACCAUGGUAUCUCAUAGACGGAAAAGUACGAGCACAUAAAAACAGCAACUAUACUCUGUAA